GCGGGGGUAGGUGAAGAGGCUAUGCACAGGUCGGGGUGGUAGGUUGGAUUAGUGUCGGAGGGUGUCAGAGGAGGGAGAAGAAACGGCAGAUGGUCGGCGUGGACCCUGACGUGGGAAGCUCCGAAUUCUCCAAGUUCCCACAGCCAGAGUGCACCUGCCCUCCCCACUCUGUCACCCCGUGCUGCUCGACGGGGCCUAUAUAAGGUCCGGGGUUGCUCGUCUAAGGCAUCAUUCGCUCACUAGCGUUUCGUUCCAAAGCAACUGAGAAAACUACGCAUACAGCCAACAUCAUACGUAUAUCUGUCUUCGAUUUUCUCUCGAAGUAGCUUCGUAAAGAACACGCUUUUUCGAGAAUUCCAAGUUCGAGUCGAAGCACAGUUUGCGCGCCGAUCCGCACGGUUCAUUCCGAGUCUCGAGAGUGCACGCACGGACGUACGAACGCGCUCCUCUUUAAAACCGGUUCAGUGUUGAGAAUCAGCAAAGGACGAGAAGCAAGAUGGCCGCCGCCACAAUGAGCCACGUGUUCGACUACGAGAACGAGCUCAACGAUAAUCUCUACAACCUGAAGAUGUCGGGCAAGAGUACGGCCACCAACAGCAAACGGGUCAGAAGCGUGUUGAAGCCGAUUUUGAGAUUGUUGAAGAAGAAGACGAACAGAGGGAAAUACGCCAAAGACCAGAAGGCCGUGCCGCAAGUGGAGAUCUUCACCGAGGAGGUGGACAAUCAGAAUAAUGCCAACGAAGCACUGGAGAGGCGACUGUUGGCGGAACUUCAAGACGCUGAGGAAGGAGCUGCCAUCACUGUCUGCUUGGACGGACAGAUGACAGUCGUACCGGUUGUACCUGGUCAGUGCUACGUGCCCGUUCAUUUCGCGCACACCCACGCUGGCGACUUUUAUUGGACGACCCUGAGCAUGGCCGACAGUGACCUGUGCUACAAGGAACGCGCCUUCUCUCAACAUCAAACACCUGAGAUGCAGGUCGCGUGAAAAACCACAUCAUCGGCGUACGAUCAAGUUCAUCUACCUCAUGACAGAACAACCCUCGAAAAUCGAUCUUCCAAGUCGAUGUUGAGGAUUCCUGGAGACCUUUGGAAACCACCUGCGAGAAUACUCCGUCGUACCGUCCAAGUGACACGAAGAUUCGACGAGAAAUAAUCAAAACUUCCCGGGGAUCAAAACGGACGAAGAUGAUGUCUACAAGAUGGAGCUGGGGAGAAUAUUUGACCUUGAGGGGCUGCCUCUCGUGCCGUCAGACUGCCUUUAGAUAAGAUAACAUCGAAACUGUGAUAAAUAGAUUUAGUUUUUUAACUGAUCUCUAAGAAUGAAAUUGUGAAGUUUC